UGUAUCUGCCAGGGAUGGUAUCAGUCAACAAUUGCGAUUACGAGUACGGAGUAACGAGUCUCACCUAUUGAAUUCGUUACUGUUCCAUUGAUCCAUGCGAGGGAAGAGGGGCCAGAUCAACGACUUUCUAGUCAUUCGACUUCUUCACUCCAUCAUUCAAGGACACAUUCUCUUUCCAGCUCCAGCAUCAUCUGCAUCCAACUGAGGCACCAUACUAGUCAUCGACAUACGAUCAACUACCUAGUAUCUUGGGCAGGUUCUCCUAUUGAGGAGUCCGUACCCAGUACGUAUCGGCAACAAUGUCGGAAAUCUCAACCUACUCUCUGGGGGACUUUGCCCUACAAUCCGGCGAAACCAUCCCCGGAGCUUUCAUAGCGUACCGGACGUUUGGGUCUCCCUCCAACCCGGCGAUCCUCUACCCGACGUGGUUCAGCGGGUUGAUCAGUGACAAUGAAUGGCUCGUCGGGACCGACAAGGCCCUCGACCCGAAUCACUAUUUCAUCAUCAUCCCGGCGUUGUUCGGCAAUGGCCAGUCCAUCUCGCCGUCCAACUCGUCCGUCUCCCCCUUCCCCAAGGUCAGUUUUUUCGACAACGUGAGGGCCCAGCACGUCUUGGUCACCGAGCACCUCAAGGUCACCCACCUCCGCCUCGUGACGGGGUGGUCCAUGGGGGCCGCCCAGUCUUUCCAGUGGGCCACUCAGUACCCUUCGUUCAUGGACGUCGUGGUCCCCUUUUGCGGCUCCGCCCGGACCAGCUUCCACAACCAGACCAUGCUCGAGGGGGUCAAGGUCGCCCUGCUCGCCGCAAAGGGUCAGUCCUCGGCGGGUCCGGCCCUCGAGCGUGUCGAGGAUAGGGCGGCAGCUCGGCCUCGCGACGAAUGGACCCAGACCGAACGCACCGUCGGCCUCAAGGCUUUCGGUCGCGCCUACGCCGGCUGGGGGUUCAGCCAGACCUUUUACCGCCAACGACUCCACGAAACGGCAUACGGGGCCAAGUCGCUCGAGGACUUUUUGCAAACCUUUUGGGAACCGUGGGCGUUGAGCAAGGACCCGGAAAACCUCCUGACCAUGCUGUGGACCUGGACAAACGGCGACGUGAGCCUCCAGGGACCCUACGACGGGGACUUUGAAAAGGCAAUGGCCGCCAUCAAGGCCAAAACUCUCGUGUUGCCCAGUAAGACGGAUUUGUAUUUCCCACCCGAAGAUUCAGAAUACGAAGUGUCAUCAAUGUCCCCCGGAGUCGGCACCCUCGACGUCUACCCCUCGGUCUGGGGACACUGGGCCGGAGGCCCGCCGGGGAACAUGGAAGAUGUCAAGUGGCUCGACGAACGACUCGCGAGAUUACUCGCAGAAGCACCAAAGUUGGGUUGACCAGGGAUUCAUUAAGAGUCGGACAUAGGAUUGUGAAGCGAGGAGGGAAGUGAUGGCUCCAACACAGGAAUCUAACGAGUACGUAGUAUAAGACUGCUACACUCUGACGAUGUGGUAAAUAAGUAUUCAGAAUGUGC